GUCUGGCUUCAUCAUUCAUGAUCACGAACCGAGCUGAAUUCUUCCAUGCUGCAGAAACCGGAGAACAUGUGUAUCGGAGCGGGAAACCAGCGUGAUUCGUUGUUUCUUAUAGAUUAUGGUAUGGCAAAGGCUUAUAGAAACGCUGAUGGUACGCAUAUCGAUAAGCCAAGCGACAAGGCUAUGUGUGUAGGGACUCAGGCGUUUAUGAGUCGACGAUGUCAAACCUCGCGACGAGAUGAUAUCGAGAGCUGGUUUUAUGUCAUCUCGUAUUUGUAUCACGGUCGACUCCCCUGGUCAACACAUGCCCAGAAGUUUGAGGAAAGCUUCGCAAGGUCCGGUCAGAAGUGGACCAAGGAGUCAAUCACUUUAAACACGGACAUACAGCAACAGAAGGAAGCUCUCUUUGCCUCGGGAGGUGCUAAUCUGGAUCUCCCGAGCGAGCUACAUCUCGUUUUGAGGCACAUCUCGGGGCUGUCCUUCAUCGCCAAACCAGACUAUCGGUACCUUGCAAACGCCUUGCAAUCCUGGAGACGUACAGGGCGACAUCAAGAGAAAAAAGUCUGUCUGAUGCAUAACCACAACAAUUCACCUCGAGCGACACCGGGUUGGAAGCGUAAAGGCUAUUUUGACGAGUGAUUUGUGUCUAUGUUCGGGCGUCCUGUACACCAUCUUGCCUGGUAGAGCCCAGGAACCCAUGUUUGUCUCGUACCGUCAAGUAUCACUAUAGUUCAGACUCCUAGCUUGCUAGUUUUACACAUUGUAUCCAACCGGAAUCUUUUACUACCACGGGUAGAAGACUAUUCUUGAAUCGAAAUCAAAGCAGCGCGCAUAUACCAGCACCCGACCUCGAGCACCACCUUCCUUUCGUUCCUCCUCGUUCCCUUGUGUGCUUGCCCUCCCAUUCUCAAACGCUUCACGAUUCCGCCAUGACGACAUCGCUCUUUUGGACGAGACCGUCGACCCACUUGUGCAUCUCGGUCUUCUUGAGUUCCCGAUGACGAUCAUAAGCGGCCGUUGUGGCAGCAACGUCCUUAUCAAUCGAUUUAGUAUCGCGAUGGUAAAAGUCCUCGGUGCCUGUGAUCA